AUGAACUGGAAAUCGGCUAUUGCGCUCGCCUUUGCGGCUUGUACUCCCGGUGUCUUGGCCGCCUUUGGCGUGACCACCGGGUCUGGAUACCUUAGUGUCGACACCGGAGGAGGACUCGUCUUUCGGGUGUCAACAUCGAGUGGAGAUAUUACCUCGUUAAAAUACAAUAAUAUCGAGUGCCAAGACUCUUCAAAAUACACUCAUAUCGGCUCUGGUCUGGGUUCCGCCACAGUCUCUUACAAGAUUUCUGGAAAUUAUGCGACCAUCACGAUUGCGACUAGCACUUUGACACAAUAUUAUGUCGCUGUAAGCGGACAAAGCGCAAUUUACAUUGGUACCUAUACGACGGCUGAACCAAGUGUAGGAGAGCUGCGCUUUAUUGCCCGGCUCUCCAAGUCCGCACUUCCCAAAGGCGGUACGGCUAUCGAAGGAAGCGAUGUAUACUCGCUCAAUGGCCAAACACGCUCCAAAUUCUUUUCCUCGGUUCAAUUUAUCAAGGAUCAAGUUCACGGUGUUACCGGAAAUGGUGUCGGUGUCUACAUGGUCAUGCCGGGUAAUGCUUAUGAAACUUCGGGUGGAGGACCUUUCUUCCGCGAUAUCAAUAACCAAGGAUCUUCCCAGCAGGAACUUUACUGGUAUAUGAACUCUGGACACAUGGUCACCCAGAGCUUCCGAACUGGGUUCUUUGGACCAUAUGCUAUGGUCUUCACCUCGGGCAACGCACCUUCUGCCUCUCUCGAUACCUCUUUCUUCGCGAACCUUGGUAUCAAGGGAUACGUUGCUGCCUCGGGUCGUGGCACUGUUAAGGGCACUGUCUCUGGUGUCCCAUCUGGUUUUACCGCAGUUGUUGGUCUAGAUAAUUCCGCCGCUCAAUACUGGGGAACCGUCUCAGGAACCUCUUACACGAUCAAUGGUGUCAAGCCCGGAACUUAUAAGGCAACUUUGUACAAGAAAGAGUUGGAAGUUGGAACUGGAUCGGUGACUGUAAGCGCCGGUGGAACUGCAACGCUAAACCUAGCUUCGACGGAGAGCAUCAAAUCGAAUAUCUGGCAGAUUGGACUGCCGGACGGCACCCCCUCUGGAUUUUUGAAUGCUGAUAAGAUUGAAUCAAUGCACCCGACCGAUUCACGUAUGAGCGGCUGGGGUCCUGUGACGUAUACCAUCGGAAGCUCUUCCCCAUCCUCAUUCCCCAUGGCACAAUUUGUUGCAGUUAAUAAUCCUACGACCAUCAAAUGGACCGCCACUUCGUCUCAAAUUGGCGCCCGUACCUUGCGAAUUCGAACAACUUCGUCCUUUGCCGGUGGACGUCCCGCAAUCAAGGUUAACAACUGGUCUUCUGCGAAUCCCGCGGCGCCUACUAAGAUUGAUUCCCGGGGUGUGACACGAGGCACGUGGAGAGGAUACAACCAACUUUACGAAUACGCUAUUCCCUCUGGUACUCUCGUUGCUGGCUCAAAUACUAUUACGAUCUCCGUUAUCAGCGGGAGCAGUGGAGAUGCAUUCCUUUCCCCGAAUGUCGUCUAUGACUCGGUGGAGCUUUAUUAG